AUGGUACAGGCCGCGAGCGUGACCGCCACCCACCUCAAGGAAGGGGCGGUCCUUGAUGUGCAGGAGAUUCCGAAUGGUGCCAGGCCAGCACUGUUGAUCCUGCAUAACGAAGGCGAGGAGGACAUUGUAGCCAUCUUCGCCGACGUGCUGGGCCAGCGCUGGGAAUCAGCGUCAUCGCUGGACGACGCGCUAUCCGGACCACGUGAAACAGUAUAUGGGCUAAGCAGCACGCUGGCUAAGCCGCGACUGGAUAGCUGGGAUCGCAGUAGGCUACUCAUCAACACACAUCGGGUGGACGGAAGCUGCGAGCUGGACGAGACCAUUACCGACCGCUGCGACUACGAAUACCUCUACACGCGAUCGCCCUUUUUCCGUCGAGAUGUGUCGCGAUAUCUGGGCUUCAUCCUAGGCCAGAUUGGCCCUCACCGCGACCUUACUAAGAAGGCGCGCACGACAUUGAUCUCGACCACGUUCCCCGAUGUGCACGCCGCACUCCCCAAUCUGGAUAUCUUGUCAGUCGGGGCAGAUGCAAUAGAGAUACGAGUAGACUUGCUUGAAGAGCCUCUGCCGGACGGCACUGUCAGUAAGGUCCCAAGCCUGAAGUAUGUGGGAGAGCAGGUCAUGGUACUGCGCCAGCGUACGGAACUGCCAAUCAUCUUCACGACGAGAUGUACAAAGGAAAACGGACGAUUCCCCAUGGAUGAUCCCUCCCUCUUCUACAAGUACCUAGCACGCGCAAUACAAUGGGGUUGCGAAUACAUUGACGUGGAAUUGUGGCUGCCAGAGGAGAUUAGGAGGAAGCUGGCUGAGCAUAAGGCUUGCACCAAGAUAAUUUCGGCGUUCCACGACUUCUCAGGUACUUUCAAGUGGACCGCGCCUGAAACACAACGACUGUUCGAAAGGGGGGCGGUGUACGGGGAUAUUGUCAAGAUGUACGCCCUUGUCAACUCAAUGCAAGAAAACUACGAGCUCGAGUACUUCCGGUCGACCAUCCAGGCAAAGUAUCCGCACCCUCCCUUUUCAGGCCUCAACAUGGGACCUAUGGGCCAGCUAUCGCGGACUCUAAACAAGAUAUUCACACCAAUCACACAUCCGUUGCUACCUAUGAUAGCAGCACCCGGGCAAUUAAGUGCAGCUGAGAUCAAUGCGGCGCUCCACACCAUGGGUCAGAUGCCCAAGCAGGACAUUUACGGCAUCGGGAGUUUCCGGUCAACAUCGCAAGCCAUGUUCUUUGAGAAGUGUUUCAACGAACUUAGCUUGCCACAUUCGUUUGGGUUUGCAGAGCGAGCGCCCAAGGCUUCGAUUGAGCAUAUCCUUGGCCGCAGCAACUUCGGGGGCGCGUACAUCAACCCGCCGCUGGCAGCCUCAGCGCCAUACCUUCCGUCUCUGUCCAACGCCGCUCGGGCAAUUGGACAAGUUGAUACUGUGCUGGUCGGACCCGGGACCAGCAAUGCAUCCUUCAUUGGCGACAAUACCCGGUGGAAGGGUAUACGGGCCACCCUUACCCGUGACUUUGUGCCAUCUGCAUACAGUGGACAAGCGGCAUUAUUGCUGGCUAGCAACGAGGCCGAUGCGUCGGCGUCGCUGUUUGCGCUGAAGAACCUUGGUAUUGGGCCGAUAUAUACCAUAGGGUUCAAGUCGCAAGGGCCGCUGUCUACUGACGUGUCACCGGUACGGUCGAUUGAGGAUGUGAAGCGGCUACAAGAGCCGUUCGUUAUCAUCUCGGCACUGCCUGCGGAUAAGUCAUUGCUCGUGGUGCCCCUGUUGAAGCACUACAGGGUCGGGGGUCGGAAUGGCACCACCAAUGGCGCCACAAACGGACGUGGGUCAGCAGGAACAAGAGCUGCAGCUGGAAAAGUGUUUGUCGACCUGGCCAGUGGGCCCCGAAAGGCCGACCCACUGGCCAUGGCCACAUCGGCAGGGUGGACUGCAUAUGGCAUUGAUGACGUAUCGGCAUGGACAACAGUUGAAACGAUUAGGAAACUCGUGGGCCAGAACUCAGCGAGCGGAGUCAGUCUGGCCAUGGCGUUUUCUUUUGUCGGGUUCGGGCAAUGCCAUGUGCCAUGUGCCAUGGUGAGGGAGAAGAGAACGACCGGGAAACAAGUCAUGUCACAGUUCCUCGGGGGAAGCGUAACCGGGCACGAGGGCUGCCGAGCGCAGGACGGCUAG